GGGCUUUACUGGGCUUGUGUUGAACGACUUGGAUUCAGCCAGAACUUGAACCGGCCAUGUCCUUUUCGGCAUCUCCGUUGUACAGAAUGAGAGAAAUGCCGUGUGUCAGGGAUCCUUUUCCGUUUCCCUUUGGGCACCAGUGCAGAGUUCCGGGAGCCCGCAAAGUCUUACGGCGUUUCGCGUGGCCUUUGGCCACGUUUUGGGAAAUCCACUGAGCUCACCACCGCAGCAGAGCUUUUCCGCGAACCGCGUGGGAAUUGGUGGUGUGGGCAAGAGGUUGGGCGAGAGGGUUGGUCCUUUGUGCAGGCCUGACCAGGUGGAGAUUGAACAAAAAUAGCGUUUCUGCGUCCGACAGGCUUCAAAAUCCAAAUCAUCGAAUUGGCCUCGAUCCGAACCGAACUGAAGAUGCACACGGCAAACAACCAUUUCAAAGUGGGACUUUUGAGGAUGGUGAACAUGGCUACGGUGAACGCUUGUGCCGAUUGAUUUGAGGAGACUUGUGAAGGGCGAAUUGGGGUGCUUUGUGUGACGCUUUGUGCUCGAGUCGUUACAUGAGUAGUGGUGGUUUUUCAGUGUUGUGGGCGCAGAGGGUCAAUUCAAGUGUAUUCAAACAGUAGCAGAGAGCAGUUUGUGGUUCUUCUUUGGAGGUUCAUUGGUUGUAUUGCCUUGUCUAGAUGAAGUAUGAUGAAGUUGUGUUAGCUGUAGUCUGGAAUUUGCUGUUUGCCUUUAUGCACAUGGCUGACUAUGACCUUCUGCUGAAGUUCAUGGUAGUUGGUGAUGCAGGUGUUGGCAAGUCUUCUCUCCUCGUACGCUUUGCUGAUGGGACCUUUGUCGACAACUAUCUUUGCACCAUUGGCGUGGAUUUCCGGAUCCGCCGGAUGUUUCUGGACGGAAGGCAUCUGAAAGUGAACGUCUGGGAUUUGUCGGGGAACCCACGCUUCAGUCUCAAUGCCCUGGCGCGGGCGGCCUAUUCCGGCAUCAAAGGAGUUUUGGUGAUUUUCGACAUGACGGACAGAGAGACUUACAACAAUGUCCUACAUUGGAUCGAGGAGGUACGGCCCAGACGAGAUCAGGAGAUGUGUAUGAUUUUGAUCGGCAACAAAGCGGAUCUGUCGCACCGCCGCGUGGUGUCCUACAAGGAGGCGGCCAGUCUGGCGCAACGGAUGGACAUGAAGUAUUUGGAGACCUCGGUGAAAACUCAGCAGAAUGUGGAAUUGGCUUUCGAGACCUUAGCGCAGGAGGUGAUGCGGCAAUACUUCCCACGUCGACGAGAUGAUGUGAAGCAAAGGGAGAGCUGCUUUUGUCUUGGAGGAUGUUGGUGAUUGGGGCAUGAUCCUCGAGAUGCUCAUGGUGCCGAUUUCCUGGUAGAGCUUCCAACAGACCAUCACAGAUGAUGGGUCAUCAUCUUCAUACUCGUGGCGAUGAAGAGCCGCUCGCGGUCUUUGUGGAUUUGCUCCGUCCAAGUGGCGAACACGGCCACGGUCUCCUAUGUGAGUCGGGAGGUCCAGCAGUUCAGGUCCAGGUCUCCUAUGCCGCUUUGUGAUGAUCUGGUGGACAUGGCAGAGGGGAAGCCCUGUUCAAGAGCUGCUCCUUCACUUCUACGUCGAACUAAAGGAUUUGAGAGCAGGACGCUGCGGCAGUCACUUGCUAUUCUGCCAAGGGAGAAUGGGAGGAGUGGCCUGUGAGAGUGUGAGUUGGUGUGAGGCAGGAUGCAGGCAGGUCGGCCAAAGUUGCUUGGUACUGCGCAGC